AUGUGCCUAGUGUCAAAACACUACCAACAAACUGGCCUGCACCAGACUUCACCAGAGCAGGAAGAGCAGCUCAGGCUAGCUACUGAUUUCAGGUGCCUCAUUGCAGGAGCUGCUCAGAUUCUUCAGCAACAGCUGGAAUCAUUUCAGACAUUUGGGCAACAGACUCUGGAGAAUAUUAACACGGUACAGUCUAAAAUCCGUCAGAUACUAAAUGAAAAUACAUUUGAAAGGAAAACUUCACUAGGUAGUUCAGACAACAGUCUGAUGACUUGCACACCAAGGGAUGCAUCUCCGGAAAAACUAAAUCAGAAGGUCAGCAAAAUCAAAGUUGCCCCUGAAUAUGACAGCAAAACUGAAGCAUUGCAAACGUCCCUGAAAAAUUAUGAGGAUUUGCAAAAAACAGUCCAUGAUCUUCCGCAUGAAAAUUUAGCUCACAAGAAUGAAGUGGAACAUCUUACUGUCACCAUACAGUCUUUGAAAGAAAAAAUAUCAAAAUGUAAUGCACGAAUUAAGGGUUUAACUGAAGAGAAGAGAAGUGUGCAAAUCCAGUUGGUUAAAUCACAAGAAGAUAAUAAGGAAUGUAUUAGGGAAACAGAGAAAAUCUUAAGAAAAUGCAAAGAACUCCAAAACCAGAAAAAAAUCCUUGAGGAAGAGAGGAAUCAACUUCGUGAUGGAAACCAACAUUCAGUACAGACACAACAUGAUUUUCAAAUUAGGAACCAGAAAGUAGAAGAAAUGAUGACUGCUGCUACCUGUGAAAGAGUGAGGGCCAGUGACAUCCUAGAGCUCUUGGAAAAGCAAUGCUUCAAGUUACAAGAAACAAAUAAGAAAUUUAGGAUAGAAAUAUCCAAGGUUACAAAAGUAAAUAAUUUCCUAGAGCAAGUGUUGGAAAAAAGUCAGAGUGAAAUUUAACAAAUACAGGAAGAAGAAACCACAGAGAAAAAACUUCAUCUUCAGUUAAUGCAAAGACUGGAAGCCAAAAAACUUAACCUUGAAAUGACCCUGCAAGAAUGUUCUGAUACUAAACAGAUGCUGCAGAAGGACUUUGAGAAACUCCAAUCAGAUCAAGCUUACACAGAAAAGAAACUCAUGACUGAACUCAGAAAUGCAAAAGCAGAUAUUGAUCUUUUACUUGACCUGCAAACAGAAUGCAAGAGGUUAUCAACAGCAGUAACAAAUGUCACAGAGUAAAGUCAGUUACUGAAGAAAGAACUGCAGGAAUAUAGACAAGUCACUUCUGAAUAUGAAAAUGACCAUAGAAAAUGGACUGAAGAACACUUAUGAUUAGAAUAUCUCCUGUGGACUACUGAAAAGAGAGAUGUAUUACAGUGUGAAUUCCACCAUUUGCAUAGGGAUUAUAUUGAUCUCUGAUGCCAAGCUACAGCUCUAGCCUGUGGGCAAAGGAAACCUGGUCACAGUUCUAGUACCACGCAAUGUAACUGUUACUCUGAAUAUUCUUCUAGAAUGUGUACAGAAAUUUCUGUUCUAAGUAUAAAGCCUUGGAAUAUGAUUCACAAUGUAUGA